AUGGCAGUCCACUCAAAUCCAAAACCUGACAGCAUUGGGUCACUAAAUUGGGCAGAAAAGGAGCAAUUCAAUACUCAAUUGGAUGCACCAAAUGGUACAGUGGCUGGGGCCCAUCAGUACAUUAUUGGCGAGUCAUCACCAGUCAAAAACCAGGAAGCAUUGUGUAUUCGUCUUUCAGUCCAGACAUAUCUUCACAAAUUUUACAAAACAAAUACAGAUAUGCUUAUUCAUUAUGAUAAGUGCUUGCACGGCAGUGAAUUAGAACUUGCCAAGACUGCAGUCCUGUUGCUAUGUGCUGCUGUCCAGCAGUCCUUAUGUCCAUCUACUCAGCCCUUAAUCACAUCUCUGACCCAACUUGAUGAGGGUGUCCAGAAAGAAAUAAGGGAAUGUUUGGAAGCUGUACUCCUACCAAGUAACGACAUUAAUGGGCACCUGACGGCUGAUUUUGUAUCUGUUCUUUGUAAACAAUCCCUUCAAAAUGAAACCACUCCUCGAAAACAUUCCUGUGUGAAUAGUCUCAGUAAUUUAAGAUCUUUGACCAAAAUAAAGACUCCUUCUCACUACAGCUCCCAAGGAUCACCACUGAGAGCUCUUUUGGACUCACCUUUACUUGUUCAGAGAACAGAGAUCCUUCUUGGUUAUGUUGAAUACUGUUGUCUGAGGCACAUGGUGGCUUUUAUGUCUAUGGAUUAUCUUCUUUUAAAAGAUACCUCAAUUUGGUUGCCAUGA